ACCCUCUGCAACACUUCUUAUUACCCCUUCACAAUUUCUAACAAGCAAAGUAAAGAAUUCCCCACUGCAAAAACCACAUAUAUAUACACAUACAUCCCCACCUUCAUAUUCCCUCCCUCUCUCUCUCUCUCUCUAGAUCUCUCUUUCUCUCUCUAAACAUAUAUAUGGGACCUUGGCUUAGAACAGCUUUCAUGGUACAAUGUGUUCUGGGAAUCAUUCUUUCUUUAUCAGGGUUUGGAUUUGUUGUGGAAGUUGAAUCACUCGGGAUAAAUUAUGGCCAAGUAGGCAACAAUUUGCCACCACCGGAUAAAGUUCUUGAGCUUCUGAAAUCACUAAGAAUCACAAAAACACGAAUCUACGACACGAAUCCGGAUAUCUUAAACGCAUUCGCAGGUUCUGGGGUUGAACUGAUCGUGACUGUGGAGAACGAUAUGCUUGCGACAUUGAUGGACCCACAACAAGCUUUGCAAUGGGUGACAACACGUAUCAAACCAUAUUUUCCGGCAACAAGAAUAACAGGAAUAGCUGUCGGAAAUGAAGUGUUCACCGGAGAAGACAUGACACUGCUGGAGAAUCUUGUCCCAGCCAUGGUUAGUCUUCAACGUGCGUUAGCUCAGUUAGGAAUGCAACAGUAUAUUCAAGUCUCUACACCUUCGUCAUUAGCAGUUCUCGCGAAUUCUUACCCACCAUCCGCCGGAACAUUUACGCCGGAGCUCAUAACCAUAAUGACGCAACUUUUACAGUUUCUUUCAAACACAAAAGCACCAUUUUGGAUCAAUGCGUACCCUUACUUCGCAUACAAAGAUAGCCCAACUCAAAUCUCUUUAGACUACGCACUUUUUAACCCCAAUUCAGGCAUGAUCGAUCCUCAUACAAGUAAGCAUUAUGACAACAUGUUAUACGCUCAAGUUGACGCGGUUAUAUUCGCGAUGGCUAGAUUAGGGUUUGGAGGGAUUGAAGUUCGGGUUUCUGAAACGGGUUGGCCAUCGAGAGGUGACCCGAAUGAAAUUGGUGCAACACCUCAAAAUGCAGCGAUUUACAAUCGGAAUUUGUUGAGAAGACAAUUGGGUGGUGAAGGGACACCAUUGAGACCUAAAAUGAGGCUUGAAAUUUACUUGUUUGCUUUGUUUAAUGAAGAUAUGAAACCCGGCCCGACAUCUGAAAGAAACUACGGGUUGUAUCAACCCGAUGGAACCAUGGCUUAUAAUGUCGGGUUGUCGGCUUUAUCGACGGGUAUGAACCCUCCAACGUCCACAUCCACGUCGACAUCAACGUCUUCAUCUUCUAUCUCGCUUACUUCCAUGGCUACCAAGGUGGAAAGAAUGGAUCAUCAUCGAGGCCUUUUGUGCUGGAUUUCUUUCUGUUUGGUAGCCAUGGCCACCACAAUGCCACCAUUUUAAUUAAGAAAGUUCAAAACACCCCCCUGUGUACAUACACGAUACACCAUUAAUCGCUCUUGGCCUUUUGAGCUUCAAGAUCAUCCAAGCCGUUGAUUUGUGCCAAAAGCAUCUGUUCCCAAUUCGAAUAUUGAUCUGACGGUUUCAAUUCAUUUUCGUACAAAGUAAUUGUUUUUUUCUCGUGAGCGAGAAAAAUUAAUUAGUUGGUAGUUGAGAAAUUGUUACCAUAUUCUUUAGUCAAAAGGAACAUUAGUAUGAUUAAUAUGUUGUAUUUAUUUAUUUUAGUUUAUUAAUUCCUAAUUAUAUCUCUAAUCAAUGAAAAGAGUAUUAGAAAGAUAUUGAGAUGGUUAUUGUGAUUGGUUAACAAGAAAAGCCUAUGCUUUUGGACGUGGAAUCCAUGACUAUUUGUAUAUAAAAUAAUAAGCAAAAGUCGGUGACGGAAAGACUUUUGUGAGGUCUCGUCUUAUCCGUCUUGCAAAUGAUGUAAUCCAAAAGUAAUCGUUUUAUCUUUUUUAUGGGAAUUUUUAAAACAUUAUGUCA